GAAUGUUGAAAUUCUGGAAGCUUUAUUCAGUGACCCAGACAAAUAAAAACAAAAAUACUUCCAAUUGCAUGUCCUUUUAAAACCAGGAAGAAUCACAAUGACACUAUAGGGGAAGAGUGAGAGAGAGAGAGAGAGAGAGAGAGGUAAGAAAGCAAGAGGGUGUGUUCGAGAUGCAACGGUUCAGCAACACAGUGAUCGGAUUCUUGAACUUUUUCAGCCUCUUGGCAUCAAUACCCAUCAUCGGGGCAGGUCUAUGGAUGGCAAGGAGCAGCACAAGUUGUGAAAAUUUUUUCCAAACCCCACUGUUGGUGAUAGGGUUUGUGGUGCUUGUGAUUUCCCUAGCUGGUUUCAUAGGGGCAUGCUUCCAUGUGGCAUGGGCAUUGUGGCUGUACUUGUUCAUCAUGGUCUUCCUCAUUGCUUCCCUGUUUGCUUUGACCAUAUUUGGGUUUGUUGUGACUGAGCAGGGUGGGGGAGUGGAAGUUCCUGCUAGGGCUUACAAGGAGUACCAUCUUCAACGUUAUUCACCAUGGCUCAGGAAUAGGAUCAAGGAUUCUCAGUACUGGAGCACCAUUAGAAGCUGUAUUAUUUCCUCCAACACAUGUUCCAAGCUUUCCGUUUGGACCCCUCUUGAUUACAUGCAGAGGGAUAUGUCCCCCAUUCAGUCCGGGUGUUGCAAACCACCAACAGCGUGCAGUUACAACGAGGAAAGUGUUACAAUAACGCAAGAUCCGGAUUGCUACCGUUGGAACAACGCCCCCACUCUGCUUUGCUACGAUUGCGAGUCUUGCAUGGCCGGUGUGCUGGAAAACAUUAGAAGGGACUGGCACAACAUCUCUGUUCUUAACGUUGUCGUUCUUGUCUUUCUCAUAGGGAUUUAUUCCAUUGCCUGUUGUGCUUUCAGAAACGCCAGAAGAGCUCAAACUGAUUAUCCACAUGGUCACAACCGCAUGACCAAAGUUAAACCCAGAUGGGAUUACUAUUGUUGGAGAUGGUGGUAUAACAAGAAGGAGGAGCUUUUUUGAAUUUAUACACACAACCAUCACUGUGUGUGUUCUUGGUUGAUCAAAAAGCGGGGACAAUUUACUGGUUUCUCGAUGAAUGGCCUAUGUUUUUACAUCAUCCCUUUACUGUACAAAAUCCUGUUGCUUUAUCUCAAAAACAUUAUAACA